AUGGCUGUGGCGGCACCCAGGCCGAACGGGCACGACGUCACGGCCGGGAAGAUGAAGAAGGGGCUGGACCUGGUGAGCUUGCCGGGAGGUAGCCAGCGGAGCGAACUGGUCCUGCACCUGGCGCUGACGGAGACCCAUGAGUGGUUCGGGAUCGGAGGGGCGAGCGGGCGGCUCCGCCGACCCAGGGUCCUCACCAGAGACAAACGGCUGCCCCUUGCCAGCUCCGGCCCCGACUACCUGCGGAGCGCCGCCGACUGCCGCCGCCUCAUCGUCCGUGGGGUGAUGCACGUGCUCCGCGACGAAGGCUUCCACGGGCUGAACGCGGCGGACUGGGACGCGGCGGUGCCCCGGGGCUUCGAGGCGCGCGUCGCGGAGCGCGCGCGCGCCCUGCCGGCCGGCUGCGCCUGCAGGUGCGAGGUCUCCAUCCGCAUCGGCGUCGAGUUCGUGUACAGCGAGCCGGCAGCGCUGCUGCGGGCGUGCACCGAUGCCGGUGACCUGAUGACCUCGAGAGCGGCGGGCGGCGUCGGCGACGGCGCCGCGCCGCCGUGCUCCAUCUGCUUGGAGGAGAUGGCGCGGGACGCGGAGGCGACGUGCCUGCCCGGUUGCGGGCACGGCUUCCACAGCAGGUGCAUCGGCAGGUGGUUCCAGAAGGCGUCGACGUGCCCGGUCUGCCGGCGCGACAAGCUUCAGUACCUGCCGCCGGGCUACACGGCCGUGCAUGACAUGAUGCACUCUGACCCGGAGGGCUCGUGCUAG